GAAUGCAAGGAAAAAGAUGAAGCCAGACUCCUUUCUGGACAGUGAAGAAAUCAAUAUUCAGUUUGAAAAAUCUUCAAAAAAACCAAAAAUUAUACCUGAUGAGCAAGCAAAUGGGGUGUACGGUCUGGUUAUCACUGGCCACAGCCUGGCUUAUGCAUUGGAAGGGAACUUGGAGCUGGAGCUGGUGAGAACUGCCUGCAUGUGCAAAGUGGUGAUCUGCUGCCGGGUAACACCCCUGCAGAAGGCCCAGGUGGUGGAGCUGGUGAAGAAGUACAAGAAGGCUGUGACUCUGGCAAUUGGAGAUGGUGCCAAUGAUGUCAGCAUGAUCAAAACUGCCCACAUCGGGGUUGGUAUUAGUGGCCAGGAGGGGAUGCAGGCAGUCUUGUCCAGUGACUUCUCCUUUGCACAGUUCCGUUACCUGCAGCGCCUGCUCUUGGUCCAUGGCCGAUGGUCCUACAUCCGCAUGUGCAAGUUCCUCAAAUACUUCUUCUAUAAGAAUUUUGCCUUCACCUUAGUGCAUUUCUGGUAUGGCUUCUUCUCUGGCUUCUCAGCACAGACUGUCUAUGAUGAGUGGUUCAUUACACUUUACAAUUUGGUAUAUACCUCCCUUCCAGUACUAGGAAUGAGCCUUUUUGAUCAGGAUGUGGAUGAUCGUUGGAGCAUGCUGUUUCCUCAGCUAUAUGUGCCUGGCCAGCAAAAUCUCUACUUUAACAAAGUGGUGUUUGUCAAGUGCAUGUUGCAAGGGAUCUACAGUUCCCUCAUCCUCUUCUUCAUCCCCUAUGGGGCCAUGUACAAUACAGUGAGGAGUGAUGGGAAGGCCAUUGCUGACUACCAGUCCUUUGCACUGAUGGCCCAGACCUGCUUACUGAUAGUCGUGUCUGUACAG